CCUGCAAUACCCAGCGCAGCUGGUCAGCGAGGCGCUGGAGGAUGCCCUCAAGGAAAUGAAAGACGAUGCUCAGCCCAAAGAAGAGCCCACGCUCAGCGCUGCGUGGGACCCCCGGGACGCCUGUACCCCCAGCCCCGUUCUCCCCACAGAGACUCACAGAGGGGCCGGGGAAGGGCAAGACCCCUCUGAGGGUGCCGGGGAUGGCGAAGCCCCCGAAGCAGAGGAGAGGGCUGGGGAAGCCGUGCUCCAGGGGCUGGGUGCGGAGAGCAGCGCCCUGCGGGACGAAGCCACGUCCCCGCCGGCACUGCAACCCUGCGGCAUGGCUGCUUGCCCUUCCCUAAGUGCCAUGGCGAGCCGGGAAGAGAUGGGAGCAUGGGAGGAGGAGAUGCCCAUUGUGCUGAGCUCAAGGGAACCAGAAGUGGUGGCCCAGGAAGCAUCACGCCCCUCGGAGGAGGAGGAGGAGGGGGGACCCCACAGCCCCUGCGGGGAGGAUGGCGAUUUCCAGGGCGAAGGGAUGGAUGCGCGAGAAGGGGAGUCCCUGCAAAGGGAAGUCGAAGCUACUCGUGCUGUCCCCAUGGAAAGCCACCCGGUUUUGCCCACGGAAAGUCACCUGGAAGAGGAUCUUGUUGAUGGAGAGCAGGAAAAGUCUGAGCAUUGGGAAAUGCCCAUGUGCAAGAUGGAUCUGGCUGCAGAGGAGGAAAGGGAGCAGGAGACGUGCCCAGGGCAGGACACGUGCCUGGAGCAGGAGCCCUCGAGCAUCCAUGAGGCCAUCCCAGCAGAAGAGCCUUCAUCGGGGGCUGAAGAAGAUGCCGUGGAAAGGGAGGACCCAGGCAGAGCAAAAGGUGGUGAGGGAGAAAAGGGAGAGGCUGGCAGGGAGGCACUGGGAGGCGAAGACCCCCGGGCAGGAGAGGCUGUGGGACUUGAAGCCCCAGGGCAGGAGAGCAGAGCCCAGGAGGAGCCUGGGGACCUGCAGGAAAAUGGCUUUGCGGGAGAGGACUGGGAGGUGACAGCAGAGGACACAGAGUGGGCUCUGGGGACAGAAAGGCCAGCCUGGGCAGAUGACACCCCAACAAGCACAGGAGGGCUGGGAAGUGAGGAGAGAGACAGCAUGUCGCCAGCAGAACUGGAGGAAACCCGGGAAUAUGAUGAAGAUGUCGAGAGCCAGGGGAUGAGCCAGCAGCAGCCACCGCCGGAGGCUGAGCCGGCCCCGGGGCUGGUGAGGGAUGAGCAGGAGGGCACCGCGGGGCAGCCAGCCCAGGCACCCGCAGAUGCCCCCGGGCAAGGGGACAGCCAGGAGCCAGCCGAGGCUCCGGAGGAACCAUGGGAGAUGCAGGAUGAGGAUGCCAAUGAUGAGCUCGGCUCGGACCCGGGACAGCCGGAGAGCAGCAGCACCGGCCCUGCGGCACUUCAGCAGGCGCCGGGUGACGGUGCGGAGGGCAGUGAGUCGGCGGAGGAGGAUGCUGGGCGAUCGGGAAAGCUGGAGCAGGCACCGGGGACGGGCAGGAGGGUGGAGCUGGAGGACACACUGCCGGGCAGCACACCCUUGCACCUCUACGAAGGGGAGAUGCUGACUGUGGUCGCACCCAGCCAAAACUCUCCGGAGAUUGAGGAGACCAUGGAGACAGACCCCGCAUUUGAAAAAGCUCCAGAGGAUGAAGGAUGGCUGGAAGGGAAGGACAAGCCACCAACUCCCACCAUGCCAGAGAGCCGCGAAGAGGAGGCAGGGACAGAGGUAGCGCCUGCGGCAGAGGGUGCCGAGGAGGAGGAAGGUUAUUUCAUGGUCUCUGCUCCCAACCAAGAGGUGUCCAGCUCAGAGGAAGCCGAGAUCUCCGAGGACUUUGAAGAAAUUAAAGUUGAAGCAACCGAAGCCAUCAAAGAUGAUCUGGAAGCUCCUGGAGAAGCGUCUCCAGUGCCAGAGGACGAAGGGCACUUUGAGGCGUUUGUUGGUGAAGCAGAUGAAGACAUGAAGAUGCCCACAGAAGAACUUGAGAUGCGAAAGGAUGAGGAUGAGAAUGAGGAUGAUGCUGAGGGUUUUACUGCUGAGCUGGAGGAAGGUCCGGCUGUGCCCGAGGCAGAUCCCGCCUUCCCCGGGGCCAAGGGGCCAUUAGCAGGAGGUGCUGACGAGCCAGCCCAGGAUGCCGAAGUCUCCGGUGCGCAUGAGGGACCAGGGCGCUCGGAGGGCUUGGCCGCCAAAUUGGUUGAGGAGCUCGACAGCAUGGUGGAGCCAGAGAGCGAUGCCGGCAGAGCCGAAACACUCCCAGGCUGCAACCUGGGGCUGGUGGGGCAGGAGGAGGAGGAGGACGACGACGACGAGCCCAGCACGGCUCACCAUGACACGGCCGAGCCCAUCCCUCCGGCAGGGCUCCAGGCCCAGGUGAUGCCGGUUUCUUCGCUGCCUGACCAAGUGGAGCAGACAUCGGAUGAGCAGCCAUCUGCGGAGGAGGAAGCACUGGACAGUGACAGCCCUCCCUUGGCUGGGGACGAGGAGCCCCCCGAGGCCGACCCACCUCGGCCGGGCUCUGUGCCGGAGCAGGGAGGUUUUCCAGAGAUGAUUAAAGAAAGCGCAGAGGCAGCUGAUCUCUCUGCAAAGGUGCCGGCGGACGUCAUGAAAGACUCAGAUAUUUUGGAAAUAGUGGAGCAAGCCCUGGAGUUCAACCAGGAGCUGAUGAUGGGGACGAGGGCAGCCGAGGGCGGGCAGAGGGAUCCUGGCGGGACCGAGCUACCCCGGGACACCGAGGAAGACUCCUCGCCUGAGCCGACGGUGCAGGAGGCACCAGCGGAUGCAGCACCGGGGAUAGAGGGUCCGGUGCGGGCUGAGAACGGGCUGCACCGGGAGGCCAGCCUGGAGGACCUGGCUGAAUUCAUCGAGGAGGUACCAAACGGCAUCGCCGGCAUGCUGCCGGCACAGGAGUUCCCCACGGAGACCGCAGACCCCACCGCG